AUGCGAUUUUUUUCUCUUGAGGACAAAAGGGUCGGUAAUCCGAACUUAGCGGAUAUUCGUGAUGCUAGCUCCUUGCUUCAUGAUCUGUGCCUUCAUGAACCUCCGGCUUUUGGGAGAAGGUUUACUUGGACUAACGGGCAAGAUAACCCUAUUUGGGUGAAGUUGGAUAGGUUUCUUGUUAAUAGGUCUUGCGUCGACCGUUUCCCGAGAUUGAUUCAGAAUUGUCUUCCGAGAUUGGGGUCGGACCAUGUCCCUAUCAGACUUGAGGUGGGGAUGCACUGUGCCAAGCCUAGAUUAUUCUGUUUUGAGAAUGUUUGGAGCACGGUGGUAGGUUUCUUUGAGCUAGUGGCUAAGUUGUGGGCAGAACCCAAUCCUAAUGGCUGUGGUGCUUUUGUCCUAGCUAAGAAGUUGGCUUGGCUUAGGGAUCAGCUACAUAGAUGGUCGAAGGAGAGUUUUGGAUCCAUUAAACUUAGGAAGCUGUCGUUGUUACAUGAGUUAGAACUGAUUGAUAUUGUCAAAGAAUCUAGAUGCCUUAAUUCUGUUGAACUUAAUCAGGAAUGCGGUGUGACGGAGAGCUUGGCGGGAAUCCGGAGACAAGUGGAAGAGAUUGGUAGAGUUUUUGAACAGAAGUUUCGGGCCCUGUUUGGUCUCCGUAAGACUUUCCGGUUCAAGGUGGACCUUCAUAAUCUGCUUAUGAACAAAGCUCCUGUGGACUUAUCAUUUCUUGAGAGGCCUUUUUCUUUAGAGGAAGUGAAAAGAGUGGUUUUUGAUCUUGGUAGUGACAAAGCACCUGGACCGGAUGGGUUUCCGAUUUUCUUUUUUAAAACCUUUUGGGAGAUUGUUAAAGGGGAGAUCUGGAAACUUUGUGAUGAUUUCUUUGCUGGUAAGGCAAACUUGGAAUGUAUUAAUUGGGCCUGCAUUGUCCUCAUCCCUAAGGUAAUGAGUCCGUCUUCACCGGGGGUGUAUAGGCCCAUCAGUUUAAUUAACUCUGCUUUGAAAAUCAUCAGCAAGAUCCUGGCCUCAAGACUGAGCACCGUUAUAGACUCCUUGGUGGAUCAUGCGCAAUCGGCGUUUCUCAAAGGAAGGUGUAUUCUGGAUAAUAUUGCUAUGGCGGAGGAGACUAUUUUCAGCAUACAUCAAAGAAGAUUGAAUGGUCAUAUUCUCAAGGUGGAUUUCGCCAAAGCUUUUGAUUCUGUUGAUCGGGACUUCCUUCUGGAACUUCUGGAAGUCAAGGGUUUUGGACCCAAAUGGAUUGGUUGGAUAUCUUCGAUCCUGAUUUCUUCGAAAGCUUCUAUUUUAAUCAAUGGGUCCCCUAGUGGUUAUGUGAGGUAUCAAAGAGGGUUACGACAGGGGGAUCCCUUGUCACCGCUGUUGUUCGUGCUGGUUGCAGAUGUCUUGUGCACCAUGUUUGAAAAUGCUCUGAACUCUCAAAUUUUAAUCCGUGUGCCAUUGGAAGAUUACGGUCGUAUCUUGUCGUACCUGGGCAUUCCUAUCUCGGGCAGGAGACCUCGUAAACAGGAUUGGGAGUGUUUGAUUACCAAAGUUAGAGGGAGAUUAGCUUCUUGGAAAUCUUCUUACCUUUCCAUUGGUGGUCGCCUCACUCUUGUCAACUCGGUGCUUUUGGUUGUACCGACGUAUUGGAUGUCAUUGUUUCGGUUACCAAAGUGGGUUAUAAAAGCCAUCGACAGGAUCAGAAGAGAUUUUCUGUGGUCUGGUCCUGACAUUGAUCAUCCUGGUUGUAGACUUGUGGCUUGGAAUAAUAUCUGUCGGGCAAAGGAGCAAGGAGGUUGGGGUAUUUUGGCUUUAUCUUCCUUCAAUCUGGCCUUGUUGGGGAAAUGGAGAUGGAAGGUGUUCAAUGAUUCGCCCUGGGGGGGAGCGAAGAUCCUGCGGUUCAAUUAUAAUAUCCCUGCGUGGGAUUUGUAUAGGGUCCCGAAUGGGAGAGUCUCUUUCUUCUGGUCGGGUAUCUCUCAGUGCCUUCCAGCGUUUAGAGGGUGUGUUUCAGUUCAGAUCAAAUCCGGAACGGAGGCACUUUUUUGGAAGGACAGAUGGCUCAAUGGUCUUGCACCAAGGUUUAUCUAG